AUCGUUGAGUUUUUCGCUUCAUAAUCAACAUCCAAUUCACAAUUUAACAUGAGAUCAAUGGAAUUAGAUGAAUUAGAAUGAAAAAGAUUUCAUCGUAAUUUAGUUAAUCAGCUUCUAUUAUAUUGUAGACUUUUGUAUUCUACCAACAUAAUUUUUAGACAAUUAAUUGUGUCUUAAUUUGUGUUUUCUUUCUGUUGGAAAUUGGAUUCCCUGUGAAGUUGAUCAUCUUUUCGUACUAAAUUAGUCGUCAAUUGGCCUUUGAUUGUUUCGAUUUCUCUCAACUUUUGAUUAUUCCAUUCAUCUAAACAACAGAUUCGGUCUAUUUUUCUGACCAUGAGCUUGACCAUUCAUCCAAAUUCAGGUUGUUCAUUUGGCUCAACAACACCGCCUCCAUCAUCAUCAUCAUCAUCUCCAUGUAUCAUUGGAAGUAACAACAAUACCAGCACAACAACAACUCCAACCACUGCGGUUUCGAGCAACAAUAUCGCAGCUUCGUCUGAAUUGAUGAUCACCGAUGAAAGUAAAAAACACAAUCACAGUGAAAUCGAGAAACGCCGUCGAGAUAAAAUGAAUCAUUAUAUCACCGAAUUGUCUUGUUUGAUCCCAAUGUGCAACGCGAUGUCCAGGAAAUUGGAUAAGUUAACUGUCCUCCGAAUGGCAGUUCAACACAUGAAAACAAUCAAAGGUUCAAUGAAUGCGUUUUCUGGAAGCGGUAAAAUGAGGCCAACGUUUCUUUCGGACGAAGCUCUUCUCAAACUGAUAUCACAGAUUUCCGAAGGAUUUUUAUUCGUUGUUAGUUGUGAUAGAGGGAGAAUCUUAUUCGUAUCCGGAUCCGUUUCACAAAUUCUUAAUUACUCUCAAGGUGACCUUUUGGGCCAAAAUUGGUUCGAUAUAUUACAUCCUAAAGACGUGGCAAAGGUGAAGGAACAAUUAUCGUCAUCGGAUUUAUCACCGAAAGAGAGAUUAAUAGAUGCGAAAACAAUGUUACCAGUUAAAUCGUCACCAACCUCUUCUCAGGUAUCGAUGUCACCUGGAGCUCGUCGAUCUUUUUUCUGUCGCAUGAAAUUUAAAUCGAUGCCCAGAGUAAAAGAAGAGGCUGAUACGACUACAGGGUAUGCUCAGAAACGCCGUAAAUCCCAGUCUUCAGACCGAAAGUAUUGUGUUGUCCAUUGUAUCGGUUACCUUAAAUCAUGGAUAUCGACCAAAAUGUCGGUCACUGAAGAAGUGGAAAACGAAUCAGACAUUUACAAUAUGAGCUGUUUAGUGGCCAUUGGACGAACUUUGCCCAAUCUUUGUGGACCGACACCCUAUCGACCUCACAUCUCAAUCAAACCAAUGUCAUUUACCUCACGACACACAAUAGAUGGUAAAUUUUUGUUUGUCGAUCAACGAGCCACCCUAAUUUUAGGAUAUCUACCUCAAGAAUUACUAGGAACCUGUUGCUAUGAAUACUGUCACCAUGAAGAUUUAAAAACUCUCGCUGAAAGCCAUAGAUUAGGCCUUGAAGCUUCUGGGGAAUGUUCAAAAUCAUCUCGAUAUCGAUUUAAAACUAAAUCAGGUCCAUAUAUUUGUCUUCAAACAACAUGGAAGACCUUUCGAAAUCCAUGGACCAAAGAGUUCGAAUUCUUAAUUGCUGUAAAUACUUGUGUCUCUGAUAUCGAUGUGGUCGAAAGUUCAGUCAAUGGAGAAUCAAACAAAAGUGUCAAUAACAGUAAUUAUGUAAAUUCAAAUUGGAAAACAUCAAGUACAGUCGAUGAGAUACUUUUCCGAAUAAGUGAUUCGUGUCGUAACAAAGCAAACAAAUCAAAUGGAUCCAAUAGUAACACGAACGGAAUCAAUGGCCCGGGAAGUGGAGGAGGAGGAGGCGGUGGUGGUGGUGGUUGGGGCUCAUCUAAUGAACAAUCAUCUACCGGCUAUUCAUCAACUGAUACUCGAAGUGUCCAGAAAAUGUUGGCCUCUUCGCGAGUCGCUCUUUGGAAGAUCGGAAGAUACAUCGCUGAUGAAGUAAUUGAGAGCCAACGACGAAACGAGGAAUCUAAUUUACUAUCAACUUCAUCUGCAUACUCACUGUCACCAAUUCCAAUGGGCGAUUCAUUUUUUCACUCUACAGCUGAUUCUGUAUAUUCUGGUUGUGACAAUAGGACGCGAAAAUGGAGAUCAGAUAGUCUACCAAGAGCUACUGGACUAAUUGCUUCACAAGUGAAACAAUUACCUCUACCAAUUCAAUUAGAAAGUCAACAAUUUAUAACUGAUAAUAUUCAAUCUAAUAGCAACAUUAACACAAAUAAUAACACCAAUAGUAACAAUAGCAACAAUUCAAAUAACAAUAAUAAAAGUAUUGUCAUCAAUGCAAAUGUAAACAACAGCGACUCGAAUGGUUCAUCCAAUGGUAACACUGAUAACAAUAGUAACCUUUGGCUGGACACUGGUCAUUCAUCAACAUCAACAACCAGCCGAGUUAAUGAUUUACACAUGACCGGAUCAAGUACCAACAAUCAAGGAUCAACAGCAAAUGGUUCAGCUGAUAGUUUCUCGUUAAAUAUGAAAACAAAUUCAACUGAUUAUGUUAAUACAACAAAUGAAGAUCAACUUAAUGAUAAUACCAAGAGAUCAUAUCAACGUGAUAAUAGUUAUGGUCCAUUGGUCGGAGGUUCAAAUAAUAAUAGUAACUCAAGUGUCCCAAGUGUCGAUGGCGGUGGUGCGUCCGGAGGAACAGAUAAUCCAAAUGGAAACGGAAAUGGUCUCAAUUGUAGCGAAACAUUGGCUAAGCGAAUCAGAUCGAACAGUUCGAACUGUUUGACCAGUUUAACUUGUCUCGACGGUAACAGUUACUAUCGACCCUCGGAGGUUCUCGGGGUUUUGCCCACUUUGCCGGAAUCGGCGAAUGAAUCAGAGGAAUCUGUUAAAAUGGACGAAACAAUACAAUUUAAUCCAGUUCCAAUUGUGGCCGACAAUCAAGAAAACGAAGACGCUGCGAUGGACCUGAUCAUGUCCAUCUUGGAGGCUGAGACGGGCUCACGCGACCCGUUUCAAGCCCCUUGCCCGUGGUUUUAAUAAUCAUCAUGUAAUAUUUAAUUACCAUUAAUUAUCAUUCUCUUUAAUUGUUAUAAUUUCAUCAAUUUAAGAAAUUUACUUGUAUUGAUUGAGUUAAUUUCGAUGUAAAUUUUUUCUAGUCUUCAUUUGAUUUUUUUUUUCCUAAAUCAAUUCUCAUAAGUGAUCAUCUUUUAAUUGUAAUUAAUUUUAACACUCGUAAAUGAGCAUUUUCAAUCAUUUGAAAUUUAAUUCGUAUCAGUUACAAAAUUUAAAAUAAUUAUGCCAAUUUUAAACCAGUUACAUUAUAUCACAAAUAAUAUUAUCAAUCGAUGAUUACUUAAUUGUUUCCAGUCUAAAAACAGCUAAAUAACAACAAUUAACAAAAGGUCAACAAUUAAUGUCGGCUUACACCAAUGUUGCCUCAAUGUAAAUACAACAAUCAGUAAAUUAUUAUAAAAAAAAAGCUGAUUAAUUCAAUUUAAAACUUUGUGUCCCAAUAUUAUCAACAAUUAACCGACUAAUU